AUUAAAAACUUUAAGAAAUACUUAAAAGAGUCGUGCUUACACUCACAAUUAGUUUGAGGUUUAGGAGCCACAUGUUUUUUCCCCAAAGAAAAUUUUAACUCCAAAUCUCCCAUUUUGCAAUUUACUAACCUAUCUACAGUGGGGACUAAUGUCCAAUGGAUAUUCUACGGAGGUGGUGCAUUCAUUGUUGGCAGUACUGCGGUAAUCACUAAAGCAAGGCUAUUUUUCCUUUGAUGAGGUGGAAAGGAAUAUGAGAAGGCAAGAAGCUGAGAGCAUAGUCUACCAGCCUGGAAACUACCUAAUGGCCUAAUCCACUAAACUGUACCUCUGUGCAAAUCCCUUGCGCCUUCAACUGAAACCUGCUUACUGAAUAUCUGCUGAAUCCGGGCUCAGUGUCAGAUGCUUGGUGGUGGUGAUAUACUUCACCAUCGGCUGUGUCUUCCUGACUGAAAAUUAUAUUCUUUGGGAGUGACUGAAGUCCUUACCUUUACCAUAUCAUUCUUUUAAAUUUUUUUUUUUUUUUUGUCUUUUUCCUUUUUAUUGGUACCAGGGAUCGAACUCAUGACUGCCUGCUUGCAAGGCAGGCACUUAUGCCGCUGAGCUAAAUCCCCAGCCCCCUUUUUUUUUUUUUACCAUAUCAUUCUUAAUGCAGUAUUUGCAUAUACUGGCUAUUAAAUCAAUUAAUUUUUGUCCUUAGAUUUUUUUUUUCUUUCCUACAUCAGGUAUUGAACCCAGGACCUAUCGAACCUCGUGCAUGAUAGUCAAGCGCUGUAUCUGACCUAUACCUACCUCCUUGAAGUGAUGCCCCUGAAAAGAAAUGAGAAAUACAAACUUCCUGUUCCACUUCCGGAAGGCAAGGUUCUGGAUGAUACUGAAGGAAAGCAGUGGGUGCUGGGCAAGAUGAUUGGCUCUGGAGGAUUUGGAUUGAUAUAUUUAGCUUUCCCCACAAAUAAAAAAGAUGGAGAUGCAAGACAUGUGAUAAAAGUGGAAUAUCAAGAAAAUGGCCCAUUAUUUUCAGAACUAAAAUUUUAUCAGAGAGCUGCAAAAAAAGACUGUAUAAAAAAGUGGAUAGAACUCAAACAACUUGAUUAUUUAGGAAUUCCUCUUUUUUAUGGAUCUGGUAUAACUGAAUUCAAGGGAAGAAGUUACAGGUUUAUGGUAAUGGAAAGAUUAGGAAUGGAUUUACAGAAGAUCUCAGACCAGAAUGGGACUUUUAAGAAGUCAGCAGUCCUGCAACUAGGUCUCCGAAUGCUGGAUGUGCUAGAAUAUAUACAUGAAAAUGAGUAUGUUCAUGGUGAUAUAAAAGCAGCAAAUCUACUUUUGGGUUAUAAAAAUCCAGAUCGGGUUUAUCUUGCAGAUUAUGGACUUUCCUACAGAUAUUGUCCCAAUGGGAACCACAAGCAGUAUCAGGAAAAUCCCAGAAAAGGCCAUAAUGGGACAAUAGAGUUUACUAGCUUGGAUGCCCACAAGGGAGUAGCACUGUCCAGAAGAAGCGACGUUGAAAUCUUGGGCUACUGCAUGCUGCGGUGGUUAUGCGGGAAACUUCCUUGGGAAAAGAACCUGAAGGACCCUGUGGCUGUGCAGACUGCUAAAACAAAUCUGUUGGAUGAGCUUCCCGGGUCAGUGCUCAAGUGGGCUCCGUCUGCAAGCAGUUGCUGUGAAAUAGCCCAGUUUUUGUCAUGUGUUCAUAGUUUAGCUUAUAAUGAAAAGCCAAACUAUCAAAGGCUGAAGAAAAUUCUAAACCCAAGUGGAAUACCUUUAGGACCGCUGGAGUUUUCCACGAAUGGACAGAGUGUAAAUGCACAUACUCCAGCCAAUCAAAAAGUUGAUUCAAGAAAGGCUGCAACACGACAAGUUUAUCAGAUACAAAAUCAGUUAAAAGAAAAAGCCCACACUGAGAGAGGUGCUGAGUGCUUUCCAACAAGGAGAACAGUGCAGACAGAGGACGAGCUGAUUGGACUGAUCAACAAUGAAGCAGCUCAGGAAAGCACAAGAAGACGACAGAAAUACCGUGAGUCUUCAGAACUUCUGAAUGAAGUAAACAGUUUCCCACAACAAUCUAGCUAUACAGACUUCGAAAAUUCCUUUCAUGAACCCUAUCAGGAUUUUACCAAUUCAGAUGGGAUCAACAGGUCGCAAUCUCCAUCUUGGAGUAUGUACUCUUCCACAGCUGGUGAGGAACUCACAGAUUUACCAAGUUCUGCAGGACUUUGGUCUACAAUUUCCCAGUUUACUCCGAGUGAAGAGAUGAUGGCAGAUGUGCAUUUUUAUGGCCCCAUCAUAUUUUUGCUUUUGAUACUGGUGUGUCUUACUGUAUAUAUUUUUUGAAAAUAUCAAAUAAAAUUCUUUUGAUAAUUUUUUAAA